AUGUCCUCUUCCGAUGGCCCUCGCCGGGUUGCGGCACUGGAAAGCUGGAUCCGGUCACAUGGCGGGAGCAUCUGUGAAGCUGCUUCGGUGCUGGAUGCUGAUGGCUACCGGGGGGUCUUUGCGCGCGAGGCCUUAAAGCCCGACGUCGACUUCUGCCGCAUACCUCAGAAGCUGCUGAUCACCGAGAGGCUGGCCGAGGCUUCCUUGGAUUUCGGACAAGAGCUGCGGCACAGCGCUGAAGAGUUGAUGCCAUCUGCGGCUGGUCUGCUCCUCCUCACAGCCUUGCUGUUGAGGGACUCUGCGGCGGAGUCUGCGCGGGCCGCGCCGGGUGCCGGUGGCGAGAGUUUCUUCGCGCCCUACUACCAAGCCUUGCCAACGGAGGUGCGGCAGAUGCCAUCAUGCUGGCCUGCGGACCACUGGCUUCAUGCUGCAAUCCGGGGGAGCCAUCUCGAACGAUUGGUCCGGGUUCUCAGUUUUUGUAGUUCGCUGAAGGGUUUAGGGUUAAGGAGCCACGCUGCGGAUCAUAUACCGAUAUGCUGGGAGGAUUUUCUGUGGUGCCGAAGCAUGGUUGCCAGUCGGGCGUACAGCCUGCCCUUGGACGGCGUAACCUCGCAACGCUGCCUUGUGCCGUGGGCCGACCUCUUGAACCAUGGGCAGGGAGAAGAGCUCUCCGCCCGCUAUGCCUUCCAGCCAGGCAGCGCUGCGGAGGACGGCUAUGUCCUCAUGCGCAUCACCAAGCCUGUGGCAGACGGUCGGGAAGUCUUUCAGACAUACGGCGAAAAGAACAUGCCAACACUGUUUGUGGAUUAUGGCUUUUGCUUCCAGCAGGCGCCUGCAGUGACGUCCCUGCAAAUCACUGCGCCCAUCUGCAGCGAGGGCAGCACAGCGGUGCAGAAGGAGGCUUAUCGGAAGUUCUGGCAGCUCGCUGGCGGACCACCAGGUCGAAAAGCAGUCACCGUGGAGGUGGAUGCAUCCGGUUGGCGACGAGUCCUUCCCAUGUUGCGUGCUGCAGCGGCCUGCAAUGCAGAGCAAGAAGGCGCAUCUGACUACGCGGAGCCCACAGACAUCGGGUUGGAGACACUGUCUUGCCGGAGCUUCCGGUCGCUUUGCGAACAUGCACUCAACAGGCUGCCUUCGUCCGAAGAGAUGCGCCACCGAGAAUUGAGAGAUUGGAAGGUCCAGGCAGUGCCAGCUUGCGUCCAAGUGCUGGAGGAGAUUCCGCAAUGGGAGGAGAGGACUCUGCUGCAGCUCUUCGUGUCCAUGGCCGACCAGGCCAUAUCAUGCUUGCAGCCUGCGACCUCUCCGAAAAUCACUUCGCCACUGGACUUGGGGGAUGGGCAGAUGGGCGUGGAGUGGGCAUAUAGCGACACCCACGUGAUGAAACGCCGACACCAGCGAAACUUCGCGAUCGAGGCUACGCGGACUGCGGCACGGCCAUCCGGAUUCGUUGGCAAUUUGCGCAGCAUGGUAGUGGACAAGUCACCUCACCUCGUAUGCGAGGUAAAGGGCACAAGUCAACUUGACAGGAAACAGCGGUGGGUGAAAAGCGAUCCAGUCUUUAGCACUUUGGAGGGCGUCAGCACCGCGACCACCGCCGAGUUCAAGAAGCGCCCCUUUGGAGUGAAGAGGUACACUCCGGGCUAUCAAGGGAAGGGUGCCAUGAUCAUCGACAUGCAGGACAAGUCUCGCUACCCUGGCGAUGCCAUGGGGCAAGCAGCCGUCGGUGGAGUUCGGAUCGGCAUGGUCUUGAAGUCCGUGGCAGGCGAGGAUGUGAGCCAGUGGGACUUCGAAGAUAUUAUGGAGCUGCUCAAUGACCAGGGUAUCAUGGAUCCCGACUCAAAGUCGGCAGCCUCGUGGGGUGACGCGGGGAAGGGCGUCCAAAGGCAACCCGUACCCGAGGCAGAGCUGCCUGUGACCAUCGAGUUUGCGACCGCGAACUCAGGUGCGGGUGCCAGUGAGGCACCGCUUUGCUUGGAUUCGGUUCCCCGGCGCGAUGGCAUCGUCGGCCUGGCUCUCACGGAGUCCGUGUCGGCCAACUUGGGCCUGGCAGGCUACACCAAGAUGGGUCCACCUCUGCAGGUGGCCAAAGCAGGGGCGAGUCCAGAAGGCGGCUUCGUGGUGGAAGCCAUGAGCGUUCAGGGCCAGGCGAUGCCUGCGGCCAGCGCUCUGAAGGGUGCCGCCAAGGCGGCUGGGCUGACGUCGAUGAAAGGCCUUUGCCUGGGCAUCGGACGACCGGGGGGAG